CACUUAUCCCAUUCAUGCAUAUAUGUCCAGUGGGAAGCGCAAGUAGCUCUCACUCUCUUUAAUGCUAUUUCUAGUUCUAAAACCCCAUUUAUAUCCUCUUAGUCUGCGCUUUCCGAUAUCAUUCACACUCUCUCAAUCCCACACUCUUUCUUUUUUGCCACUCUUUCGCCUCUACUCUUUAUACUAAAUUUUUCCAUCAGAAUUUGAUUAUGGAACAUCUUCAUAGUAAAAGCUUCAUUUGUUCUUUUAAGUUGAGGUUUGUAUGUAUAAAGGUUGUUUACUUGUUUAAAAUCAUGCAAAGAAGAGACUUUGGAUAUUAUGAAUUGGCUUUGAAAUUGUUGAAGAAUCUUGCUUUGGCCAUUGGCACCAUUAUAUUUGCAUUUGGAGGGGUGAUAAUAGGAGGCAUUGCAGGAGCUAUAAAAGGGCAAACAACUGAGUCAGGCUUAUGUAGAGGCGCCGCGAUAGGGGUUAUGUCAGGUGCCAUUGUUGCCCUUGAAUUGCUUGAUUCAGUCCUCAAUGGUCAUUUUCUUUCUAAGGUUGCUCUUUUUGGAAGCAUAUUCAAUGGGAAGGCAUUUAGGGAAUUGGUCAGUCCUGCAAUUUUGAAGGCUUACCAAUGGCAAACAAGCAUGAAUGAAGGCUUUGCCAAUGAGGAAGGAUCAGAUUUAUAUAACAUCGCUGAAAUUCGAGGGUUGUCUCCUGAACUCAUAAAGAAGCUCCCUGUAAUCAAUUUUCAUUGCCUGAAUUCAUCAAAUUCUGCUCUUUCAAUUUCACAUACUGAAGUUUGUUGCACCAUUUGUUUGCAGGAUCUUGUGGAGGGUGAAAGAGCAAGAAAGCUACCCGGUUGUGAACACUUGUUUCAUAUGUUAUGCAUAGAUGAAUGGCUAGCACGAAGUACAUCAUGUCCUGUUUGUAGAAAGAUUGUUGAUUCUGGUGAAUAUUUGGGAUGCAGAAAUGUACUGCGAAGUUAAUCACUAAACGCAGAAGUAUGUAAAAAGAAAAGGAAAAAAAAGGGAAUCAAAGGCACUUUUGCUAAAUAUGGAAAUCAGUUGGAUGUGAACAUUAGACUGCCAAGUGUUCUUAAUUACCGCAUUCUCUCCUGCACUGCUAUGGAUAACAUCUAAAUUAGUUUGUAAAGUCUUUUUAGGACUGGUGUUAUGUGUAUGAUCAACAAGGGAAUCAGAUAUCCCACUUCAAGACA